AUGUCUGACCAGCCUCCCUCAUACGGUGGCAAUCCGAAUUAUGCGCAGCAAUGGCCUCCCGCGUACCCGUCGAUGCUCCCUCCGAACUUCCCACUCAACUCAGACUAUCCUCAAAUGAACCAGUCACCGUCGACGAAUCUCGGGCAAUCUUUUGAUUAUAACAUGGCAAGCGUCAAUGCUAACGCUCGCUUCCCGGGUUCAACUGGGCCUGCGAACCCAGCACUCUUUUUUCCACCUCAGUUUCCCUUUUACAAUCAGUUCGACGCGUCACAAUUUCCCCCUCCCUUUCCUCCAAUGCCGUUCGCUCCGAUGAGCUAUCCACCGGCUCCGAUUCCUACCGGAGCCUCAAAUAGCCCCUUGGCGCAUCAGAAUGUGGCGGCCCAUAACUCGCAUACUCAGCCGUCCCCCGCUGUGCAUCCGAACAAUGACUCUGUAUCAACACAAAACCACAGGGAAGAAGGAGAGCUGAGCGAGGAGGUGAAUGAGCAGUCACUACAGUCGACGCGCAAGGAUACGCGGCAGUACUCAGAUCUAGAAGAAGGAGAAACCAUAUCUUCUAGCGCACGUUCCGCUACGUACAACCCUCCUUUGUCGGUGUCCGCGGACCCAAUCGUGGUCGAUCACGCAAUGCAGUCUCAGGGAAAUGAUCCCCCCAAACAGUCGCCCAACCUCAGAACACCUCACAAUAUCCGCUAUAAUGAAUUGGUUGCGGAAGGUAUCAACCCUGUGGUACUCAAACGCCUCUACGAAGAGGUUGGCAUCAAGGUCAUCCCAUCAUCUCACCAAGGCCCAUCGGUUCCUCAGAAGCUUCCCGUCACGGGUAUCACCAGUGGGAAAGUACCGCAGUCUACCACCUUGGAAGUUCCUAAAUUGGGCAAGGAAAAACAAAGCACCACCAAGUCAGAAUUACCGGGGUCCCAACCUCUUGUCCCAUCCGCCGCACCUCACGGGACGGCUGAUAAACCUCUAGAGCGGAAAGAACUCAUUGCCCGAAUGUUGGCGGAGAAAGCCGCAAAGGCGACAUCCAAGGAGGCUUCGCCGACUGGUAGUGUGAAAUCCCCUCCUGUGGUACACAUCGAUGAACCUCGCCCCGUUCAAAAGGAACCCCCCGUAAAAGAGAAAAGCAAAGCCCAGACAGAAUUGGCAAGGCAGCGUAUCGAGGAACUCAAAAAGCAGACUCUACUUAAGACUCAGCAGCUGGCCCAGGCGAAUCCGGCGCCGAUCCAGUUGCAAUCUCCGGCGCCAGCUAUUCAACACCCGCUUCCUCUUCGACCCCCUGUGCCGGAGUUUCGCCGCCCUGCCAGUCUUCCUGGCCUGCACAUGUCUGAGCGAAGUGAAGCUUUCGUCUCUGAGCCGGUUUCGAGCGUCCCCGACUCGACACCAACAUCUCGAGCAAACCAACGUAAGCGGCCUCGGGCAUCCGAUUUCGAUGAACCAGUUGCACCUCCAAAGAAGAGCUUUAACCCCACCGCGAACCGAUUUGAUCCCGCCGAGAAACUCAUUAUUGCAAUCAGCGAUGAUGAGUCACUUUAUGGCGAUGAUGAGGAUGACGACAUGGAACUGGAUUCCAGUCCUGAGCAAGAUCCGGUCCCAGCAGCGACCUCGACUAUCGUCAAGCCUUCCAUCCAAACACAUCAUAUUACCACCAGGGCUUCGACAUCUACUCCACAGGCCCCUUCCAGUCUCAGUGAUCAAGGAGAUAUUCGACUGAAAGAUAUGGAAAUCCAAGCUAUGCGCCGCAAGAUCGCAGAGCUGGAGCUACGACGGAAAUCGAAGCUCGCUGCCAGCCGGACCCAGUCACCUCGCACCAUUGACGAAUCUGGGGCAUCAUCAUCUGGUGGACAGUCCAGUGUAGCGGCAGGCACCUCCGAAGAAGAUUCUGUUCCUGCCAAACCAAUGACGGUUUCUGCUGACAAGAUCACCCGGCCUGCACCUCUCUCGCCCCCAGCAGCACUUACUGAAGGUCCCAUUCAUCGGGAACCGCCUGAGGAAAUUUCCAUCGAUGAAGCUGAAAAUGGCGCAAUCGACAGCGCCGCACAGACCUCAGCUUCAUUUGUAUCCGAUUCUGCUGGAUCGGCGAUGGACGAAUCUGAUGAUAGUAGCAGUGAUAGUUCCGAAUCAUCCAGCGAGAGUGAAGACGAACCCGUGAGCUCGCCAGCCCAGAUUGGCAUCGACUCUCCCAUUGCACCAGCAUCCUCGGAGCCCAUAGAAGUCGACUCUUCGGAGUCAUCUGUGUCUCGGAGCUCGCCAUCUGUUGUCACACAUCCUAGUGCCGAUUCUGCAGAUGAAUCGAUUGCUCUCCAUGGCCUCGGCGCACACUCCGAGCGUGAAAUGUCCGCAGAGUCCGACGGAUAUGAGCCCCCAGAGCCUGAUACUGAAUCUCAGUCUGAAGGCUCGAGUUACAGUCCUCCUCCUUUCAGCCCUGCUCUUUCCGGUCUUGUAGAAAGCACAGCAGUCUCGGCGCCAUUAUUUGACACGACUCAAGCUGACGAAGAACUGACAAAUGAGCCUCAGGUGUCGAAAUCACCAUCUCGGCCAAAUUUGCAGGUUGGCGCUCCUGGCACCGAAGCUACAUCAGCCAGUCCGACGCAACGGUUCACGCCCUACACCAGCCCACUACGAACAUUCCAGGCUUAUCGCUACCAUCCUAAUUAUGCUGAAGAUGUUCCGAGUGGCCACCGCUCGCUAACGUACAGUCAUACCAUUGAUUCAAUGAAGUACAUGUGCCCGUUUGAAUUGUCCGCUGGAGGUCGCUGCAAUGACAAUACCUGCGUAUUUCAACAUCUUCGGGACAUGACUCUAAGCGACGAUGACAUUCUCAUUCAAAUGGGUUCCGUCCGAGAGGGCAAAACCGAUGAAGAGAGAGAAACAUAUUUUGCUGGUUUGAAGGAGAUCAUCAACGACCUACGGCGUGACAAGGUGAAAGAUUUCAGCACUGUGGCAUCUGAGAUAGCCGCAUACCGUAGGCGCUUCCUCCAAGACCCGUCGCGUGUCUUAUCCCUGUAA